AUGCAUCUGCUCAAACUCAUCUCCCUCACAACGGCCAUGGCGCCAACAGCCUUCGCCCAACUCUGGUUCGGCACCACCCUCCCGACCUCGACCGCCGCCGACGAAUACCUCUCCCAACACGUCAAAUCCGUCCCGAGCACCAUCACCGGCGCCGUAGCAACCUCCCUCGCGACCGCGCUGUACAGCGUCGACCAAAAGUACUUCAACGACAAGGAGUGGACGACGGUCUACUCCCACAUGUGGUCCGCCGCCGCCAAGGCCACCGACGCGCCUGACGUCGUCGCCUCGAUGGCGGUCAACGGGUAUAGCCUGGACACCCAGCAGGAGGCCAAGUGGUGGAAGGAUAACGUGCCGGAUAAGGACGACAAGUGGGUUUCGUCGUAUGUUUCGGAUUGGCAGAAGGCGUGGCAGGAUAAUACGGCGGCGACAAAGACGUCGAAGGGCGGUGCUGCUGUGGCGAGAUGUACUGGGAUGGCUAUGGCUGGUGUUGCUGCUGGUGUGGCUGCUGGGGUUAUGGUCGCGAUGUGA